CCUAGUGUUCUUCGACUUGACGUGGCGCGAGAAACAAACCCAUAGCAGGGCCUGAGACGUAUGAAGCAUCAAUGAUGCCCAAGCCCAUUGCCUUCAUUUCAUCCAACGGAUCAGUCCAGAGGAACUGCGAUCGAGACAGGCUUUGCCGUGAGAAGUUCACCAUGCCGGGUUAUUUGCAGUAA